UCUCGUGCCCCGCUAGUCCGUCCGGGGGAGCCGAAGAACAACACGAGAAAAAGUCCCAACUAUGGAAGGCGACAACAUAAUAAUAAUGCCUGUUUGACUCGGGGACAUUUUACAAGAUGCCAGGCCUUUUGUCCAGUCCUGUGUGUCUGACAGUCAUCUGGUUUCUAUCCUGGUCGCUGCGCCCCGGUCGAGCUCAGAUUCGGACUGAUGAAGUGUCAGGCGUGCAGUACGGGCACAUGCAGUCAAAUGUGACACUGGCUUGCGAGAAGUCACAAAUCAGGUUACCUGUGGUGUGGCAUCUCAACCACAGCUCAGUGCUGCCACGGCACAAUGUGACCUCCGAUGGAACCUUAGUCCUGCUGCAGGUCAACCACUCGGCGCAGGGCAACUACAGCUGCUACGACGCCCGGGGGUUCCUCCUCCACUCCAUCAGUCUCAGGCUGGGCCACCCCCCAGGGAAGCUGAGCGUUUCCUGUCAGGUGCCCAAUCACACGCAUGUUCGCUGCUCCUGGACUGAAUCGAUAAAGACCUUCCUGCCAGCCAAGUACAAUGCCUCCUUCAGGGGGUCUGGUCAGGAGUGGAGGUCGUGUGUCCUGGAUGUGGUCCACAAGCACUGCGAUGUAGAUCAUCCUGCUUUCUGGCAGACCGUCCAUACCCUGAGGAUCACAGAGACCAACGCCCUCGGGUCGGAGACAACGUUUGAAAGCUUUAGUUUACAGAAGCUAUUGAAACCAGAGCCUCCAGAGUCUCUGCUGGUGAAGGCCCUAGAGGGCUAUCCAAAGAGGCUGAACGUCUCAUGGAACUUCCCAGCCUCCUGGCCGCUGCACGAUGCUUUCCCCCUCAUGUUCCAGAUCAGCUACAGGCCGAUGGGCUCCAUGUACUGGUCAGAGGUUUUCUCCGAGGAGAGUCCGGUCAUGAUAUUUGACGCCCUGGCCGGUCACCUCCACCAGGUUCAGAUUCGAGCCCGUGACGCGGUGAACCCUGAGAGCAAGUGGAGUGAAUGGAGUCCCCUGCUUCAUGUCAGGCCUUGGGAAGUCCCCUCCACAACUGAAUCUCCAGAGGACAGCUUUCCGGACUAUCCUUUCCCCUUCAGCACACAACCUGAAAUCUCAACCCCAAAGUUAGACAAUUCUGUACAUCCUGAGGAUGAAGGUAAUAUGGGUUUGGUGAUUCUGCUGGUUUUGUUCUCCGUGGUCAUCCUCACCACCAUCCUUUCCCUCAUCUUUGUCGUGUGGGUGAGACAAAGGCGGCGGGAUCAUGUGACCAAACAGGAACUCACCUCUAUGGUCAAGAUGAAGUCUAUGCCAAUCUAAUGUUGAUUUCAAGCAUCUUCUCCUUGUCAGCCCGUUCUAGGGCUCCCCCCCGAGAGUCAGCCUCUGCCUUUACCACUGUAGCAAGCUGACCGUCCGUAUUCAACUACAUUAACCAGAAUGCAUCUUCCAGGGUUUGACCAGGAUCCAGGACAGGGAUGAACCCAUGCAGGGAACUUUACGGAGUAGGGUAAAGUUACCCAGUAUAUAAAAGCUGACUGAAGGGUAUGUUUUGCAAGAUUUUCCCAGACAAAAUUCAUCAGUCACAUCUAAAUGCACUACCCAUAAUGCAUCAGCAGACUCUUGCUAUAUGGGGACAGGGAAAAGCGGCCCUAGUCUGUUUCUUUCUGCUCACUUCAGCAACGUCACUGUAGUUCAAUCGUCAGCGGACUGUAGUGGCGACACUGCAUCAGGACAUUUGAGUUCACUCACAACCAAUGCUGCUUCAGGUGGACUGACUCCGCCCCUUUAUUUGGAGAGGAGCAACAUCUUUGGAACUUUUUAAGCAUCAUGUAAGGACAGGAAGUGCAGCUGCCAAACAGGAGAACAUAGGUUAUUUUUUUUUAUGUGGAAAGGGGAAAAAAAAUUUCUGGAGACAUCUUUCUUCUCUCCUUCCACCCAGAACUCCUCACGUUCCUUUAUUUUAUUUUUCUAUGAUUCAUGGGGAGAAAUAACAGAUUAUUGUGUGUCCGUUAUUACACCGACUGACCGACCGACUCAAUGCUGUGAAGGAAGCAUAACUGCCAGUCUCUGUGUGUGUGUGUGCAUCUGAUGCCAAAGCAGCAACUACGGGCAUUAAUGGUCUCAGCUGAGGGGGCAGGAGGCAAACCCGUCUCUGGCUCCAGACCCUGAGGGGAUGGACACGGAGA